GUACAAACGGAGCCCCCCCGCCAACAGGGGCCGGGGUUGUAAUCUCUCCCCCAGGAUCGAAUCCUCUCUGGGUUUAACAUUUCACGGCCAACGGAUCCGCCACCUGGAAUAUCCGAGAACCAGAUUGGAACGCAAUAGCAAAAAGGAUAACUCUGGCCCUUGGCCCUGGUGAUCUUCCUGCUCACACUGUCCUGAUGAUAUUAAACGACACAACAAAGGAACUUGUUGACGAAAGAAGUGUUUCAGACACCAUCUGAUCACUGAAUUUAUUUGGUCAAUGAAUUUCUCAUUAAUAUAUUAAUUAAUCAGUGUUCAACCCUUUGUUUAGUUUCUGUACUUUGACGGUUUUUCAGUCACUCACCUGCACGGUAUGAUUUCAAAGGAAAAUUUGGACAGGCAAAAAGAGGAGCUGAAGUUUUGAUGCUGUGAGGUUAUCCACAAGUUUCCUUGAAACUGCGAAUCAAGAAACCAUUCGAUUGUUCUGUCAAAAAGUUGAAAAAAAAAAUGGCAGUUGGGUUUGGAAUGACGACUUCUCAAUCUCCUCAAUUUUAAAUGAAUCAUCAUCAUAUCCUCCUUUCUGCUCAUCCUAAUGUUAUCUAAUUUUCAAUGGAAAAAAAAACAUUUCGACGACGCAGAGGACAUCACCUCUAUUUUUACCCAGUCCCUCUGACAGCGGGACAGCUACUGAGGAAUUGUUGAGUCGGCUGACGGACAGACACCCCAGCACUGCAUGUGGCGCCCUGCCUCUUCUGGGGUGAGGUACUACGAUGCCGCUGGGGUCACUCAAACCCCCAGAACUGAGCCUCUACUUCAGUCAAUCCUUUUUGCGUGGGAUUUCCUCCCCGAUCUGACACCACUGCGCAUCACGGACGUCGUGCCUUCUCCAGCAUAUAAAUAAAAGGUUACCUGAGAUUCUAAGUAUAAUCAUAUGAAGGCACCAUGGGGACGGUUGAAGAGGUCCAUAAUUUCCUCAAAACUCAGAACAGGCCCUACAAUUUCAAUGAUAUUGUCUCCAAACUUCCCAAUGAGAAAAGUAAGGCAGCCAUUCAGCAGGCAUUGGAGAAAUUGAAGAAAGAGAAGAAAAUUUUUGAGAAGGUAUAUGGAAAACAGAAGAUCUAUUGUGUAUGUCAAGACACAAAACACAAUGCUGCUGAGUUGAAAAAAAUUAGCGGUGAUCUGCAAGCUCAUGCAGCCGAAUUAGAAGUGAGACGAAAAGCCCUGGAGCAUGAAGUCAAAAUUCAAGAGGCAAAAUUGGGCGCCUUGAAAUCCGGCCCAACUUUAGAAGAAGCCAUCAAGGAGAGGGAUAUGCUUCAGCUGCAGGUGACAGCACUCGAGAGUAAAUUGGAUCAUCUGGUUGAGAAGACUAGCAGUCAGCCGAAUCUGGGGGAAAAUAAGAAGAAAGCUGAAGUACUGCGAGACCAGUACUCUCGUGAAUACUUAAAAAGGAAGAGAAUAGGAUCUGAGAUUAUUGAUGGUAUUUUAGAGGGAUUCCCAGGUACAAAAAAACGAUUAUGCGAAGAAGUGGGCAUCGAGGAAAGAAUUGUUAAAAUUGUUAAAUAGAACUAUCAUGGCUUUUAUUCAGAAAAAAAACUCAUUUGAAUGAUUAAAAGAAUUUAUUUCAGGCAAUUAACUGAAUAAAAGUUGCUCACCUGUGAAUAGAUUCGUCAAAAUACUGUUUGAUCUAGCAUUUAUUUGUGGUAAUUUGCACUGUGACUGAAAGUUUGUUAAUUCUCUUACCAAGCCGAUUGUCAGUGUCAUGAUCUUGAUGCUCUUGGAUCCAAAAGGCUGAUAAAUAAACAACUACCUCCCACGUAGACAUUAAAA